GAUUAAAUGUCAAAAAAAAAAAUAUUUCAGAGGCUUUUAUGAAUUUAAAUUGAUGCAAACUGGAAAAAAAAAAAGAAAAAGUCUUCAUUCGCCUGCACUUCUCCGCUGAGGUUGAGCUGUUAAUAUCUUUAUAAUCUGGUGUACAUCCCGUCUGACACAUGUUCUGUGAAUUAAUCGGGUACUCAACCAUGCUAAAGCUUCACGUCGUUAACUGCCCUGACUCUCCAUCCUCUUUGCUAGAGAGCCGCGCUCUGCCGCAGAUGUUCUCCUGAUUCACUGCUGACGGACGGACGGACGGAUGGAUGGACGGACCAGAGAGUUCAUCACUGCCAAGAGCUGGAGACCGCUGCUUUUCUGGGACUAUACAGUAAUCUGAAUAACAGCUUAUACUGGCUGGAAUGUAUCGACUGGGUUCAGAUUUAGCAACUCAGUCAUAAAGCUCCCCUCCCUCCCCCUUUCUCUCCAUCAUCCCUGACUUCCUCUCCUCCGCUGCAGUCAGUCUGCCUCCAGCUGACGAGCGUAUUGGCAGCCGCGUCAUUCCACCCCGCUGAGUUAUCGGGAUUUCUUUGCUAUACUUUUCCUGCUUUGUAUCGAAGCGGUCCCUGCAGCUACUCAUGCACUUCUCUCUCUCCCUGUCUGUCUGUGUGUUAUCGGGUGUCACUGGGCUCCCUGUUAUUGACUGACUGUUGUGGUUUAUUUUUCUAUUGAUAUAUCUUUGUGUGCGCGCAUCACGUACCGGGGACGAGAGGCCAGCGAGGGGAUGUUCUCGUCUUCGUCCAGAAACUCUCUGUUCUCGCCCGGGUCGUCCAUGGAGCAGUCGGACAGCGAGGCGUUGGACAUCAGCACCAAAGUGCAGCUGCACGGCGUGCUGUGGAAGAGGCCCUUCGGACGGCCGUCGGCCAAGUGGUCCCGCAGGUUCUUCAUCAUCAAAGACAGCUUCCUGCUCUACUAUGCGGAGAGCGAGAAGAGGAACUUUGAGAGCAACCGGUACUUCAACAUCCACCCCAAGGGAGUCAUCCCUCUGGGAGGAUGUGUGGUGUCGGCCAACGAAGACAUGGGGAUGCCGUUCGCCGUCGUGGUCAACCUGGAAGACUUCACUGGCACCGUGGUCCUGGCCGCCGAGUCCGAGGACGAGCAGCUCCACUGGAUCGAGAUGCUCCAGGAGUCGGGGAAAGUCACUUGGAAGAACUCCCAGCUGGGCGAGGCCAUGAUCGAGAGUCUGGAGGCUCAGGGGCUGCAGCUGGCCAAGGAGAAGCAGGAGUAUCUGGAUAAACUGAUGGAGGAGACGGAGGAGCUGAGUCAUCAGAGGGCUCAGAGAGAAGAGCUGGAGCGUCUGAACCAGGUCCUGGAGGAGGAGAAGAUGAAGUUCGAGGAGGUGGUGCUGGAGCUGAAGGCGGAGCAGGAACAAAUUAAACUAGACCUGGACGGCACAACUCAGUCGCUGAAAGGUGUCGAGAGCGAGAAAGAAGAACUGAGCAGUUUGACGGUGAUGCUGCAGAAAUCCAUCGAGGAACUGUCGCAGGAGAAGCAGCGAACACUUGAGCUGCUGGGGGCGAAGGAGCAGGAGGAGAAGGAGGCAGAGGAGGAGGAAGAGGAGGAGGAAGAAGACGAGGAGGCGAAGGUGAAGGAGUCCGCCUGCAGGACGCCUGAGGAGGAGGAGGAGGAGGAGGAGCUCGGAGACGGGGAUCUGCUGAAGGACCUGCGACACAUCGAGGACCAAAUGAAGAUCCUGCUGAAGGAGAAGGAGCAGGCGGACGACAAGCUCAGGGAGAACGAGCAGCGGGCGAAGGAUCUGCAGCAGGAGAGGGAGUUCUACUCGUCUCAGUCCCGGACGCUGCAGCAGUCGCUCACUCAGCUCACGGUGGACAAGCAGCAGACCGAGGCCGAGCUCAAGGCGGAGAUCGAGUCUCGGGUGGAGCUGGAGAAGAGGCUGAAGCAGGCGGAGGAGGCGCUGCAGGACCUGGAGAAAGGCCUGGACUCACUGGAGCGGACCAAAGAGAGAGACGAGAAGAUGAAGGGGGACGUGACCCAGCUGAGGAGGUUCUUCGAGGAGUGUAUCUGCGCAGCCGAGAUCGAGGCGAAGCUCCCGGCGAUAAUGAAGAACGCCGUGUAUCUCCACAAAGCGGCGGCUCGCAGAAUCAAGAGCUGCCGCGUCCAGAGGACGGCGUCCAGACGCCACUGGCUGAAACACUCAAAGUCCUUCGCCGUGGCGAACGCCGACGGCGGCAGCAUGGAGGACCUGAGGGAGACGGCCCGGCGGCUGACCUCCGACAGCAGCUUCAGACGGAGCGUGUACCAGAUCAUCGCUCGCAAGGACGCCUCCAACAAAACGGGGGACUGAGGGGAGGAGAGGAGAGCGAGGCAACAGAGGAGACGAGGCCCCCCCGAGCGUCUGUGACGUAGAGAUCCUGAUCCCAAACCCACCUUCAAAGUAUUAGUAGACGGAGACGCACGCAGCGAUCGCUCUGAUGGAGCCUCAGGUUAUAACAACUCCUACUGAGCUCAAUGACAAGGAAGUUGAACACACACUAAACUCCUCAUGAAACUAACAUUCAGUAUGUAAAGACGCCCGUCCCCUGGAUAGAACCACAGACACUCCAAUUCCCCUUAUGGCCCCGAGGUUUGGUUCCAUUGCAUCUGAAGAACCUUAAAGAUGAGGAACAUCCGGGCACAAGGAAACGGUCGUCCGGGUUUUUAAAAUUCAAACUGCUCAAGAAAAUGAAAUCUCUUGCGUUGCUUCGUCACAGUUUGGUUCAUGUCAGCUUUAGAAUGCAGCUGUCAUGAAACAAUUAACAAAUAGAAUCUCUAUUCUUUCAUCAUCUCAAUAUUUCUCUCUUUAAGUUGUCAGGAGUCUGACAACAAAACACUUUAAAGGAAAGUCUUCCCCCUCAUCCUCAUCCAAAGUUCAAAUACCAAAACAAAACAUACCAUUUUUCCUUGUUCCCGUGGUUCUUUACUCAGUGGAACUGUUUGAAGGUUUCAUAAUUAAUUGUAAUUAAUUUCGUAAACUCAGACUUGAUUUAGCCAGAGAUAGUACAACAGUAGUGUCCUUAUCAAACGACUGAGUCAUUGAAUAUCACCUUGAACAUUUGCAGCUGUGGGAAGAAACUAAAGUAUAUUUGUAUCGUGUAAUUUGGGGCUACUUACUUAUUUUUCAGGCCAAGAACAUAGAAGUUUAUAAAAUACGCCUCUUGAAUCUACAGUGUGCAAUAUUUAGAAGAACUUUGGCAACUUUGAAAUUGAAUAUAUUGUCCAUAACUGUGUUCAUAUAUUUAUAAUCACCUGCAACAAAGAACCAAUAUUUAGUCAUCAACUUUAAAUGAGUUAAAUAUAGUAAAUUAUAAAAAUUACACACUGGGGCUUUAAAGAUUAAAUAAGUGGUUCCAGACCUUCUCCUCCCGGGUGACCAACGGGGUCCGUUGUUGUGUCUAGAUAAAGAUGAAGGAAGAAAGAAAAGAUUAAAUUUGCACCUUUUCUUCUUGGACCACUUGGUUUGGAACCAUUGGACUAAAAUAUAAUAUGAUAAGUGUCUUGUCUUGUGUAGCUCCAAGAGGAAAAUGUUACAACCUUACAACCCGACGCGUAAAUAAAAACCCGGCAAACAAUACGAGCACCUCUUCCACCUCAGAACAUUUUUGGAACUCACCUGAUGAGACGCCAUAGUGUAAUAAUACUACAUAAUGAUAUUAUAGAGUUAGACCAUACAGUGCGUCAGUCAGCAGUGUGUCUGUAGCCUUGCACCUUGACUUCCUAGUGUUUCCACCAUGUUCUGUGCGUAGCAGAUAGUGAGGACGACGCAAAUCCAUCUUGAAAAAUUGAUUUUAUUUUUCUGUUUUUUUGUUUUUUUUGGGGGGGGGGGGGGGGGGGGUUUGCACAGAUUGUUUUCUUUUCUUUCAUGACAACAAUGAUCUCAGUCGUGGUCGACAAUCGAACAUGACGUUUCAUUAUUAGCUACGUCUGGCAAAAAAAGGAAAUCUGUUAUUGACCAAGCAACUCGCAAAAUGAUGAUAAUGUACAAAAUGUUAAGUAACUUUUUGACGCCAGAGAUGAAACAGGAGCCCAACGUGUCACGGUGAGAGUAAGACGGAACAUAUGGAGGAGUGAGCGACAUGCCUGGAUGCUAAUAAAGCUGUGUUUGAACCUU